AUGCCUUCCUUCUCAAAGCUGGUGGCCGCCGUGGCCGUCGGCGCACUCUCCCUCGUCGAUGCCAAAGCAUGCCCUCCUCUAGGCGCCGUCUUCCCAGCUCCUCAAGCCCCAGGCGAGAGCAAUCUUGUUCAAACCGCAGCUACAAAGCUCAAGGCUGGCCUCGAAGAACGGAUCACCUCCAAGUUCAACACCUCAGCCCUAUCGAUCGGUGUCAAGUCCAUCCACGAGGAUGACCCGCUCUUCACCUACCACUUCACGCCUCCCAACACUGGUGAGGGCACCGACAAGGUCGAUGAGAACACCGUUUUCCGAAUUGCUAGUGGUUCUAAGCUGUUCACCGUGCUUGCUGCUCUUCUGAACAGCGACAUUGACUUUGAGGCUUCUGUCCUCAAGUAUCUUCCCGAGCUUAACGAGACUGCCAAGGAGGAUGAGAUCUUUUCGCUCAAGUGGGAGGACAUCACCGUUGGAUCUCUGGCUAGCCACCUUUCUGGCAUUGGUGUUGACCUGGCCCAGGAUUUGGGAAUCAUCGGAUCUGCUCCCUGGGCGCAGAUGGGUCUCCCCCAGUUCGCUAAGGGUGAGGGUCCUACAUGCUCUGGUCUUCCCGGCACUAUUCCCUGCACCAAGAAGGAUCUCCUUGAGCAGGUCAACCUCCGACCUCCUGUGUAUGGACCUUUCACCAACCCCGUCUACUCCAACGUUGGCAUUGCUCUGCUGGGUCUUGUGGUUGAGGCUGCUGCCAAGAAGCCUUUUGCUGAGAUUCUCAAGCGCGACAUCUUUGAUGUUGUUGGCAUGAAGAAUACUUAUGUCGGCAAGGCCCCCCCUGUUGAGGAUCUCUUUAUCCCUGAGAGCGAACCCACAUGGAAUGCCUCUCUUGCCGUGUUCGACAGCGCCGGUGGCAUGUUCUCUUCCGUUGCUGACAUGCUCCUCCUCGCAGAGGGUAUCCUCACCAACAAGUUCCUCCCCCCCGCCCAGACUCGCAAGUGGAUGAAGCCCAUCUCCAACACUGCCUCUUGGGGCUACCAGGUCGGAGCUCCUUGGGAGAUCCUCCGUGGCGAUAACAUCACCGUUGAUGGCCGCCUUAUCGACGUCUACACCAAGAGUGGUGACCUUGGGCUGUACCACUCGCAAACUGUUCUCAUCCCUGAUUAUGACAUUGUCAUCUCCAUCAUGUCGGGUGGUAAGGAGGCUUCUGCCAACCAAUAUGUCACCUCUACUGUUCUUAGCUCCGUCAUCAACGCCCUCGUUCCUGCAAUCGAGAAGGUCGGCCGUGACUCUGCCAAGGAGGCUUUUGCCGGCGAGUACGCCGACAAGGAAACCAACUCGAGCAUCUCAUUCAAGGUCGACAACGGUCCCGGCCUGGUCAUCAACAGCUGGCAGAUCCGCGGCUUCGACGUCCUCAACCAUAUCGGCAGCUACAGCUUCGACGCCCUCGAGUCUGGCAAAGUCGAGAAGAGCAAGUACGUUGACGCGCGCGUGUACCCCACAAACCUGAACAAGAAGGGUCAAACCGCAUGGCGCACCGUCUUCGACAUGACCACAUCCCAGCAGGACGCCGAGUACGAGAGCGCACUCUUCUUCAAGGACGGCACGUGCCAGUCAUGGUUCGCGCAGGACCGCAAGGUGUACGAUUUCCUGCCCCUAGACGAGUUUGUCUUCAUCGAGGGCGACGAGGGCGUCAGCACGGCUGUUAGGAACCCUGCGUUCAAUGUGACCCUCACCAAGGUACGCGAGCCCGGGGCGAAGAAGGCGGCGACCAAUGCAGCUGGCCAGACUCGGGAGCUGAAUGCCGCGCUCGGUCUUGGUCUGGCGGUAUUGGCUGCGUUUAUGAGCAUGUUCUAA